GGAAUGAAUGCUGUGUUCAGUUCUGGGCCUCUCGCUACAAGAAGGAUGUUGAGGCUCUGGAGCGUGUCCAGAGACGAGCAACAAAGCUGGGGAAGGGGCUGGAGAACAAGUCUUAGGGGGAGCGGCUGAAGGAACGGGUUUGUUUAGCCUGGAGAAGGCUGAGGGAAGACCUUAUUGCUCUCUGCAACUACCAGGAAGAAGGUUGUAAGGGAGGGAGCUGGGCUCUUCUCCCAAGAUUCAGGGGACAGGACAAGGGGGAAUGGCCUCAAGCUGCGCCAGGGGAGGGUCAGACUGGACAUCAGGAAGAAAUUUCUCACAGAAAGGGUCAUGGGGCACUGUCAGAGGCUGCCCAGGGAGGGGGUGGAGUCACCAUCCCUGGAGGUGUUUAAAAGACGGGUGGACGAGGUGCUCAGGGACAUGGUUUAGUGGUUUAUAGGAAUGGUUGGACUCGAUGGUCCAAGAGUUUUUUUCCAUCCUGGUGAUUCUGUGGUUCUAUGAGGAGCCGGGAAGCGGGGAUGAGCCGGGACACGUGGGGAUGAGCAGAGAUGCAGGGACACCCGGUGCAGCCGGACAGGGUGAACGGGGUGGCCAAUUCCAUCCGAAGAGUCUUCAUCGCAGAAGUGCCCAUCAUAGCCAUCGACUGGGUCCAGAUAGACGCCAACUCCUCCGUGCUCCAUGAUGAAUUCAUUGCGCACAGGCUGGGUCUCAUCCCGCUCACCAGCGAUGACAUUGUGGAUAAGAUGCAAUAUUCCAGAGACUGUACAUGUGAUGAGUUCUGUCCGGAGUGCUCGGUGGAGUUCACCCUUGAUGUCCGAUGCAAUGAAGACCAGACUCGUCAUGUUACAUCCCGCGAUCUCAUCUCCAACAACCCCCGUGUCAUACCGGUAACAUCUCGGAGCAGAGACAACGACCCCAAUGACUAUGUGGAGCAAGAUGACAUCCUUAUUGUGAAGCUGCGGAAGGGCCAGGAGCUGAGACUACGAGCCUAUGCCAAGAAGGGCUUUGGCAAGGAGCAUGCUAAGUGGAACCCCACGGCAGGUGUGGCCUUUGAGUAUGACCCAGACAAUGCGCUGAGGCACACCGUGUACCCCAAACCGGAGGAGUGGCCCAAGAGUGAGUACUCGGAGAUCGACGAGGAGGAAUCUCAGGCUCCGUAUGACCCCAAUGGGAAGCCAGAGAGGUUUUAUUACAAUGUGGAGUCAUGUGGUUCUCUGCGUCCAGAGACCAUCGUUCUCUCUGCGCUGUCUGGCCUGAAGAAGAAACUGAGCGACCUCCAGACCCAGCUGAGCCACGAGAUUCAGAGCGACGUCCUCACUAUAAACUGAGGUGGCCCCUUGCAAGAGAGCGCUCGGGUGUGAGUGAUGCAGAAGGUUCCUGGCAGCACUCGGAGCUGAGGCUUUUGCCUUCCUGUCUUCCUCUGCCUUGCCUUGCCCAGCUCUGCUGGUUGGUGACACCUCUUCCGUGGCCUUCCUUCCCAAGGAGAGCCAUCGUGGAGUGUAGAGCAAAGCAGGAAGGGAAGUGGUGAGCAUCUUUAUUAGGACAGGAUUCGUCUCUAAGUGAUCCCUGAGUUUUAGGCCAGAGUUUUGGAUUCUGGCUAUGUGGCAUUUGGGGUUGAGAAGUGUGCACCUCCGUUACACAACCCUAUCUUAUUUGCAUCUCUGUUCCUUACUGUACUGAAUAAAGCCAUACCCCCUGUG